AUGGCGGAGGAUCCGCAGCCUAUGACCUUGCAGCAGCGCAUUGCUGCUCUAAACGCUGCUCAUGUCGGAAGGAUACCUGGCGAGCCGCCUCGACCAGCACCACAAAUCCCUACCAGACGUCCUGACCUUCGAAAGCCCAAGUCCUUCAACAAUCCUCCGGAUAACGGAAAUGGCUCAGUCGUUGUGAACGCCUGUAUCGGCAACAAGCCUGCACCUCCACCACUGCCGGUACGACGACCGCCGCCGGCGCUACCAGCCCGAAAUAGCUCUUCAGAUGCCGAAAGACGGGGCUCUGUCGAUUCGCAGGACUCAUCAGUGGUCACCACCAGUAGCGUGGGUACAAGAUCGAAAUCUACGACAAGAACAAACUCCAACGAACGAGUGAAAGCUCCAGCAUGGGGCGAGUGUGAGCUUCCUGCGAUAUCUACGAACAUGCCGCCACCGAAGAAUACAUACACCAAUGAGCGGCCCAAAUACCCUCCGCUACCUCCUCGUCUGCCCCCAAGAAAACCUUCUGGCGAUCAGGCACCUGUCAAACCAGUCGUUGAGACCAGAAAGAUGCCGCCCAUACCAACAGCCACAGAUAUCGAGAAGGCUCAACGCUCGGCUCUUUCUUGGGGCAUGAACAAGGCGCAAGCCAACGCAAAAGGCAAUACGAAUGGCAGCGAGAAAAAUCACACGAAUGGCAAUGCCUCUCAUGUGCCUCAACCUGUAGCAUCUCAACAUGGUGGCAACCAUGCCGAUACUGUAGGCUUCUUGAAGUCUUCUGCGAGCUCCUUCAUGGCCAAGCACCGAAUGCAGUCUGAACCCAACAUUAGCCAUGCUACAUCGGCGCCGCCACCAAUACCGGAGUCCUCCAGACCAGACUUGACGGCGUUGCAGGCCACGAAGCCGAAGCUGAACGGGAAUGCCCAGACCUCUCCUGUCGACACCAAUCUGUGCCUUAUCUGUCGCGACUUCUCAGGCCCUGACAAUCACGCUGCCCAAUUUCCGAGACAAACAGUUCGAGAUUUGCGAAGCCUAGCCUACGAUCUCACCGCACCCUUUCCUUCUCAGACCGACAAGGCUCGGGCAAUCUUCAGCUGGCUUCACCACAACAUCUCGUACGACGUGGACAGCUUCUUCAACAAUAAUGUGCAAGGCUCCACGCCGGACUCUACCUUGCGCUCGGGUCUGGCGGUUUGUGAAGGCUACGCCGGACUGUACGCCGCUCUAGCCACAUACGCUGGGCUGGAAUGUAUCGUCCUGUCUGGAGCGUCAAAGGGCUUUGGCUACACAGCUCUUCCGCCUGGAGCACCUGUGCCACCAUUCAGUUCAACCCACGCAUGGAACGUAGUUCGCAUAGACGGCGGUGAGUGGAAGUUGGUUGAUCCCUGCUGGGGAGCCGGACACGUCCAAGGCAAAGGGCUGCCCUAUGUCAAGAAGUUUGCCCCUCAAUGGUUCAACAUGACCAAUGAGGAAUUCGGUAUCAAGCACUUCCCGACUAACAGCGAGCACCAAUUCCUAUCAGGCGGUCGGCAGGUAGCUUACGAAGACUAUGCUCGAAUCAAUCCGGCCUAUUGGCCAUCGAUGGUUGAAGGCCCAACAGUGUUCAGCAACGCCCCAGAGGACUAUUAUAUUGCCGAACGAUCUGUCCUGCCACGCAACCGCAAAAUUAGUGUCAACCAUGGCGGACUCGUCCGAUUUCAAUUCGGCCUACUCUGUCCGCACUUUACUUUGGAUGGGCACGGUUCGAAAGGUCCUCCUCCGGUCUUCUUGUUGCUCGUCGAGGGCAUUGACGGUCGGAAUAAGGACUACAUUCCGCUGCAGUACUACAAGGCUCCGGCUGGACAAGGUGGCGACACUUGGUACGUUGACAUUGACUCGCGCGAGCUUGGCGCUCCGGGCCAGAAGGUGAGUGUGUUUGCAUUGACGAAGUUUGGCGAUCGCACAGACACAAGAGGCAUGACUGUCAGGGAGUUCGCCAAUGGUAAAGGUCGCGUUGGGAUGGCAUUUGCAGGCGUCGCUGCUUGGGAGCUCGUGGCAUGA